ACAUAGUAGCAGCGGAAGAGAGGGACUAUGCAAAUCCAACAGUGACGCCAUCAGCCGUUUGAGUGGCAGUAAGAGCGUCCUAUCAGUUGCCGGGCGCUCUGAGUAUACGGAAUAGUGGUUCAGUGAUGGCGGCGCCCAUGAGUCAGUCUCUAGGGCCUCAAAAUCCGGGUCCUAGUGGAGCUCCCGGAGCCCAGCUUGUCCCUGGAGGAAGCCAACAGCAGCAACAGCAACUUGGGCUCGCCCAACAACAACAGGAAUUCGAUCCGGUGCAGAGAUACAGGAUGCUUAUCCCGCAGCUGAAAGAAAGCCUUCAGAAUCUCAUGAAAAUUGCGGCUCUGAAUCUGGCCCAGAACACCAACAUUGAUAACGGGCAGAAGAUUGGGGACGGCAGCGUGCAGAGGUUUGACAAGAGUCUGGAGGAGUUCUAUGCCCUGUGUGACCAGCUGGAGCUGUGUCUGCGGCUGGCCUACGAGUGCCUCUCUCAGAGCUACGACAGUGCCAAGCAUUCGCCAACCCUGGUGCCUACAGCUACCAAACCAGACGCCGUUCAGACGGAGAGCCUGCCCUACACCCAGUACCUGAGCAUGAUCAAGUCUCAGAUCGCGUGCGCCAAGGACAUCCAUAACGCUCUUCUGGAGUGUUCCAAAAAGAUCACCGGGAAGACUCCAACCACACAGGGCGUCUUGUGACCCUCGCCCUGAGCCCCCUCAGACCAGGCUGGCACGCCCUUGGGAUCGUGGCUCACAGGGACAGACUCUAACACGUGACCUGGCCUCCAUCUUUUCUACACAAAUCAAACAGCGCUCCUCCCAGAGGAUGCCCGCCUUCUCGGAGGGACCCCCACCCUAACUGUAGGCUCCCUCCACGUCGGGUGGACCGGCAGCAAUCGGCAUGGCUCUCGGACAGGACCUAGUCCUAGCUUUCUAACAUGCUUUCAGUUCCUUAUUUUCCACAUCUCUGCUUGCUGGCAAUCAUUGUUUCCAUCCAGUGCCUGAAAAGGGUGCUCUGAUACAAUUACCAAACGGUGCACCUGUGCGAGCGGAACACUCGGCGUAAACUACAUACAUUCAGUCACUGACAGCAGGCAGAGAUGUUAAAAAUGGUGUGGAAUUGAAACACACAUGGAGAUUUAUCAUCUCC